AGCUCGUGUAAAACGAAUAGAAGCACUCGGCAGUGUACCACACUGUUUCGAUAGGAUAGUAGUCCGCUCGCGUACAUGUGUGCUGGCGAGUGAGCGAGAUAGAACGAGGAGACCCGGACGGAUAGAGAGAGAACCGCUGUCGUCAGUGUGUACGAGCGAGAGGGAAAAAAUCCACCUCUCCGUUCAUUGAUUGAGAUUGACAUUCCUCUGAACACCAGCAGCAAUCGGUAGUCGCCAAUAAUAAUAAUAUUAAUAUUUUUAUUGCUAUUAUCAUCAUCAACGUCGUUGCAGAAUUUCGUUUAUAGUUUUGCUGUUCGGACAGCGUUUUGUUGUUUGUAGUCCGCACACGCGCCGUGUACCGUCUUCCGUUUGCAAUAAAAUACAAUAUUAUCAUAAUUGGUGUUUAAACUUAUUUAAACUUGGCCGUGUACGUAUGUUGUGUGUACGUUAGCAACGCCGGACAUCAAAUCGUGUCCAUGAAAAUUCUUAAGCGCACCGUAGUCGACGGCCACAUAACGAUCGCAUCGCCGUUUACUGUUCCGACGUAGGUGAUAGCCAUCGCCGCCCUCAACAGGAAGUUAAUAGAAUAAGCCAUUAGCCUAGGGAGUUGUGCAUCUCUAUAAAAACUGUAUCACCACUGCUGUCACCAUGCAGCCUACAAUCCUUUGUCUGGGAUUACUUUCUAUAUUCUUCACACAAACAGUGUAUUCGGAUAAUAACAAAAAUGGAUCUUUAUUAAGUUCAGUAUCUACCAAAGCUUCUAAAGAUGAAGUAUUUAUAGAUGAUGAAACAGAUAAUAAUGAUGGUGAUACUGAUAAAUUGGAUGCUGAUGAUAUGAUGUUAGAUCAAGACGCUGAAGGUAGUGGUAUGGGUCGUUCAUCUAAAGGUACAGGUGUUGAAGACAUGGAGUCUAGUGGCUCAGGUUAUGGUCCAGACGAUGAAGAUGCUCAAAUAAAUAAAGUUAAAUCAAAACAUCCACCUGAUUUGGAUGAAGAGGAUGAAGAGGAGGAAGAAGAUGAAGAUGAAGAAGAGGAAGAAAAAACAGAUAAUGUUGGAUUAAAAAUAUCGCCACGUAAGAAUAAUCCUAUUACAACAAGUACAUCUACAACCACUACUACAUCUACAACUACCACUACAACAACUGAAAAACCAGAUAUUGAGGAAGAAUCUGUAGUUAAAACAAAAGUGUUAGAUGAAAAGAACUCAAAUAGAAUGGAGGAUUUGGAUGGAGAACCAGUAGAUGUACCAGAAGUACCUCAAACAACAACUUCUAGUACUCUGGCACCACCACCAUCUAAUGCUAUUGAUGAGCAUUCUAGUAAUGGAGUAUAUAUUAGUCCUAAUAACCAUCCAGAACGAACAACAUCAUUUUUUGCACAACCUGGUAUCCUUGCAGCGGUUAUUGGAGGUGCUGUUGUGGGAUUGCUGUGUGCAAUUUUGGUGGUUAUGUUUAUUGUUUAUAGGAUGCGUAAAAAAGAUGAAGGCUCGUAUCCUUUGGAAGAAACUAAGCGUUCACCUGCUACCAAUCCGUAUUUAAAAUCAACACACAGAGAAUUUUAUGCAUGAACACAUAAUUCAAGUAUAAUUUAUAUAUGAGCCUAUGAACAUAGUAUACAUUAUCAUUUCCUAAAAUUAUUUUAUAUAAUGCUAAAGAUCAUAUUGAUAUUAAAAAUGUUAUCAAUAUUUAUUUUAGAGUAUGAAUUAUGCUUCAAAAAUUCAUCUGAAUUGUAACUCAAAUUGAUUUUUAUAAAUGGUAGCUGAACACAUUUUAACCACCAUGACAAUUUCAUUGAAUGUAACUUUAAUAUUGUACAGAUUAUUAACAAUUUUUUUAAAGGUAUAAUUUAUAGUCAGAUAUCUUACUCAUUUUCUUACGUCUUCCCAAUUACUUUUAAAAAUUACAGAAAAAAGAAAAUGUUAUUUAGAGGAAAUGUUUUAAAUAUAAUAUUAUUGAUUUUGGCUAUACCAAACAAAUGUUAAUAUUAUUACAUGGCCCAAUUUUAUAAUUGGUGUUAUUAUGUAAUGUAUUUGCAAUAAUUUUAAUAAAUACAACUUCCACGUAACUAUUUCUCAACACAGAGAAAAAGACUAAUAUUAAUAUCGUAUGGUUAUAAACGAUUUAAUAUUUUUUUUGCCAGUUUGGUAUGGACUGCUUUGUAUAAUUAUUUAUAAGUACUGAUUAUUGCAAAUCUGUUUAAUAACAAAAUUUCAAAUUUACUUGUUGAAAUAAAUUUUUGUUAAUUUAAGUCGAUAGGCAGUUUAAGUCAAAAUUUAUUUAUAUAAUACAUUUAUUAAGAAUACUAAGUAAAGGUUUAUCCUUUAAAACUUAUGACAUGUAAACCCAUCAAAAUUUGUGUCAUCAGUUGAUAGUAUCUAAUUUAAUUCAAUAGUGUUUGCCAACACAUACACUCUGUAAAUAAUGUUAAGAUAUAACAAAUUAUUAUUACUACUUAUUAGUUUCUAAAAUUUUAUAUUAUACAAUAAUUAUAUAUAUUUAGUUUAGAGUGAAACUAACUACAAGUAUACUGUGUCCCCACUUCGUUUUAUAAUAUUUUUAUUGUACAUAAUUUUUUUACUGACUAUUUAAAAAGUUAACAGGAACUCAUCCAUAAAUUGUAAAAAAAAUGAUGUACUCUUAUCUUUUCAUAAUAUUUCUUUAAAAUUGAUACUUUGUUGAAUGUAAUAUGAAUUAUCAAAAAAAUUAUGGAGCAUUUUAUUAGCAUUAACAUUUAUACAUGUAUAUUGUUAACUUUAAUUUAAAUCUAUCAAUACAAUUUUUAAUAUUAAUUAUUUGCUUUUUUUUAAUUUGAACCUUUCAAAAUAAGACAAUUGACAUAAACUCUGAAUAAUGAUAACACUGUUAUUAUUUAAUUAUAUAGUUAUUUUUUUAAAACAAUUUUUAUACUUGAAUUUAUGUUAUAUUUCUUUUUUGAUUUACUAAUAAUUAAACUAUUUUUUUUUAUUACCAAAAUCUAUGUGAAACAAAUAUUAUUGCCCAGAUAUAUUGUUAAAUGUUUCAUUUGAUUUUAAAUAUAAUUUCUUAUUAGUCAAUA